AGCGAAGAGCGGCACCAAGGACUCGCGCAUUCGCGCUGCGGCGCCGCCGAUUCCGGUCGAAGCGAUGCCCUCGCAACGCGUAGCGCACGCGCCCUCAGGACUCACCGCACGCACCAGCGUAGCAAAGGCCAUCCUCGCGGCGCAUCAAAGAGCGUCGGCAAAAAGGAGCUUGAAGGUGAAAGGUAAAGUGGUGGAGCGAGAGAGACCGAGACAACCGGUUGUCACACCGCAUGAUUACAUGCUGUCUCUUUACUGGUCUCUGUCCAUUGGGCAGAUAAACCGAAGCGCAAUGCACGAGGCGGGCAUGGCUAAUACCAUCACGAGCUUCGUGGACAAAGGACAAGAUGAGCAUGUGCCCCUGUUAAAGCGCCAGAGGUAUUACUUUAACAUCAGCUCCCUGGAGAAGGAGGGACUGCUGGGAGCUGAAUUACGUAUUCUCCGAAAGCCCUUCACUGAUCCUUUUAGAAUCCCUGCCACUGAGGGCAGAAACUGUCUUCGACUUUACACAUGUGCCACAAGUAAGCAGAGGGCUAUGUUGCUCCAGUCGCAGCCCAUAGAGGAUCAUAGCAUCCCAAAAUGGGAGGUGUUUGACAUUUGGAAACUGUUCAAGAGUUUCAGAAACACUGUUCAGCUUUGUUUUGAGUUGGAGGCAAUAGAUCAGGGCCACCCAUUGGACCUCAGGUCACUUGGCCUGGAUCGUUCAGGACGGCAAAACAAGGAGAAGGCCUUCUUUGUGGUGUUCAGCCGCACAAAGAAGCAUGGUCUCUUUUACAAUGAGAUCAAGGCACGCUCAGGCCAUGACAACAAAACUGUCUAUGAUUACCUGUUUACGCAGCGCAGAAUGCGCCGGGCACCACUGCCACGUGUCAAGAAACUGAGCAGAAGUCCAAAGACACGGUGCAACCGCAAGGAGCUUCAUGUUAACUUUAAGGAGAUGGGCUGGGAUGACUGGAUCAUUGCACCAUUGGAGUAUGAGGCCUUUCACUGUGAUGGAAUCUGUGAUUUUCCCAUCCGCUCACAUCUGGAGCCCACCAAUCAUGCCAUCAUCCAGACACUCAUGAACUCUAUGGAUUCUCACUCGACACCACCCACCUGCUGUGUACCCACCAGACUUAGUCCUAUCAGUAUCCUCUACAUUGACUCAGCUAAUAAUGUUGUGUACAAGCAAUAUGAGGACAUGGUGGUAGAGAGUUGUGGCUGUAGAUAGCCAAAAGUACUAGAAGAGAAUGCUAAAAGAAAUUCUACUAUUCUAAAGCUAGAUAAAUUGUUCUUGCAUUCUGUGGCUUACUAUGUGGCAUCAGUGUCCUCCUUCAAGGCACAUCUUCUAACGGCCACUAGACUUG